UUCAAAUUUACGGCUAUGGAGAUAGCUUAUUGGCUCCUUGAAAUGAUUUCCAGUGUUUGAUUACGGCUUUAAGUGACCAUGGAUCUGAAAAGAUCUGGAAGUAAAAAGCAAAAUCAGAAGGCUAUAGAUGAUGUAUUAGGUGACUUGCUAGAUGAUGACCUAGACUUUGGAACACCAAAGCAGAGAGAAUCUUCAAGACUAAAACCAAAAGCUAGUGCAGCCGAUGAUGACUUCUAUAGUAACUUGGCAUCUGUGGCCGGCCAACCAGAUGAGUCCGAUAUCUCUGAGGCUGAUGUCAGUCAAGUGGCUAAAACUCUAGCUGACCUGGAUGACUUGGAUGCAGAUUUGUUUGGUGGGAAAUACAACAAGAAGAAAUCUGGUUCUGGGACUGGCACCCCCAGACAGAGGACUCCACGUACCCCCAGGGCUGUAUCUCCGCCCCAAAAGGGAGGAUUAGUCCGCAGCUCUACCCCAACCAGCCCACCAGGUAGUGCUUCAGGCAGCAGACCCUCGGCCAGGGUUCAGUCUCCUCCCCAGCAAGCCGCCAAACCUUCUACAGCACCAGGUAGCAUUACAGGUUUAUCACGAGAUUCAGAGAAGUUAAAACCUGGUGAUACCAAACAGGAGAGACCAAGAACUGUGCCUAAAGCCAAGCCAAAAUAUAUCUAUGGAGACUUUGAUGAGGAUGACCCCUUAGCAGGACUGUUGUCUGAUGAAGAUGAUGAUUUGGAUGAAGCUAAGACCACAGCUGCAGAGGAGAAUAAAAAGUCUUCUUCCCAACCAACUGUUUCUUCUCCCAGGGAGUCAGGAGAAACACCCCAGGGUGUGCAAGACCGAGAGCCCUUGUCUCCAAGGCGACGGCGGUUGAUGGAACGUCCCCCAACUAGGAGCGGGGACAAUACGGAUUCUAAUGACACUGUCAAAGAGAAACUGUUCGAACCAGCUACAGAGUCUGCGCCUUCAGCUAAAAAAGUGGAAACUAACAAAGGUAAAGCUGCGAAGAAGAAAGAUGAUGUAAUAUUCAGCGACACAGAGGAUGACCUUCUGACAGGACUGGAUGAUGAGCCUCCCUCGAAACCCAAACCUUCCUCCUUGAGUUCUGACCAUGAGAACAAACCUGCUAAAUCCAUCCUGGACUCCCUGCUGGGGAACGAUAACGUCUCCAAACAUCUGGAGAGACCUCAGUCAGGCAGUCAGCGGGAAUUUGUCCUGGAUAAAAAAUACCAGAAACCAGCUCAAGAGAAGGAAGAUGACUUAUUCUUUGGUAGCUACAUGCCAUCUAUGGGAGGAUCAACAGGAGGGUCCCGUCCAGGCUCACGCAGAUCUGUCAGAUUUGAAGAAACAGAUGACCCUUUCAACAAGCCACCAUCCAGAGCAGGGAGUACCAAUACAGGUGGUAAGAAAGUUGAUCAGUCUUCCAGCUCUGGUUUGGACUGGCUAGAACUGGCUAGUAACAAAGAGAAAACCAAACCGGAUGAGAAUAUCAGCAAGACCACUCAGGCCAGGAAAGCCUCAGUCAGUGAAUCUGAUUGGUUGGGCUUAAAGGAGACUGGCCAAGAUGAUGAUUAUGAUUGGCUGAAUCCACAGCCAGUCAAAUCUCAGGGAAGAAAAGAACAAAAGUCCUCACCUGUUUUUAUCGCAGAGGAGAAGAAGCCUGAAAUUUCAUUGCAAACUCAACCAAGAACAUCUACUCCAGCCUCUAGGAAUUUGUAUGAGGACGAUUCCUACGCCUUCCUACAUGAUGACACAAGCAAGCGUGCCAAACAGACUCCCAAAAUAUCUAAACAGGAUAACGAAGACUGGUUAGGCGUAAGCCUCAAGGAUGACAUUACCAAAUCCUCGAUUGUCACAGCUGAUCACCAGGGCAAUGAUGUUGUGGAGAUGAAGCUGGGAAUGACUCCGAAUAAGACAUCCAGCUCUACUGUGGACUCACUUGGCUUUGGGGCUUCCAUUGGUGUUGUGAGACAGAGACGACUAGAUAAGAUCUCAGAGGAUCUCUUCUCUACCCCAGACACCCCAACUCUUUCAACAAAUCUUUUCAAACAAGAGGAGACACCAGUGAGGAGCAGAGACCCUCAUAAUUCUUCGGCUGUUUCUACGUCUGCAAGAGUGGAGCAGUUAUUGGGUGAGCCCAAGCUCACCCCACAGCCAGUUAUCCCUCCUGGACUGCCCUUGGGUGGAGACAGACAACAUGUUCUCCAGCAUCAGAUACAGCAGGCCCAGGAUCAGCUGCGUCUGCAGAUGGAGGAGCAAAUGAAACUGAAACAACAGCAGGAGCAGCUAGCAUUACAACAACAGCAGAGCCAGCUGGAAGGGAUGAUAUCUCAGUUACAACAACAGUACCAGGCUAAUGAAAUGGCAAAGAGCAGCUUGUCAAGCUUCCAGGGCCUGGCUGUCCCUUCUCAUGGCCUUCUGUCAUCAGCUGCUCACAAGUCCAUCAGAUUAGACCCACUCUACGCCAGCAUGGAUAAUGAGACUAAGGUGAGAAAGCUGGAGAUAGAGCUGGAAUGCCUGCAGUCUCGUUGUGACGUCAACCACAGACGCUAUGAGGAGGAGUUAACAGCCAUGGAAAUGUCCUACAAAAACCGCAUCAAAGUUCUUGAGGACAGUCAGCAUAAACUGGAAGAACGGUGGAAUGAGGAGAAUGAGAGGUUAUUGUCUAAGCACAUGUCACGGCUGAAGGAGCUGGAGCAGGAGAAGGUUAAUAUGGAGAGGAGGAUAGAGAGUGUGGAGAAGGAGAAGGCGGAGGAAGUGGAGAGAGUCAGGGAGACUCAGAGGAAGAUGAUAGCAGAGCUGAAGAGAGAGUAUGAAGAAUCAUUGGACAGACUUAGAGCUGUGAAAAAGCAGGAAAUAGAUAACAUUGCAAAUUCGCAUUCUGCUGCCAAAUCCCUUCAGGCUGUGAUGCAGCAGGUGAGUUCCAAUGCAAAGGACCUGGGUGAUUUACAGUACAAGAUUGAGAACUGGAGUAAGAUGGGACUGGAUGAGAGAGAGAUCUUCAUACGCACCAAAGAUGAACAGCUCAGCAUGUUACAAAAGAGACUUGAUAAACAGCAGGAAGAGAACGGCAAUGAACGUGUACGUCUUCAAGAUCUCAUCAUGCGGUUGGAGAAACAGUUAGCUGACCAAAGCCGGACAUUGGAUGAGGAGAAGUGGAAACUAAGACAAGAACAGAGUAAGCUGGUGUCAGCGCAGAGUUCCCUGGAGGAGGACAGACGGAGCUGGAUGGAGCAGCAGGCGCGGGAGAUGGCCGCACUGGACAAGGCUAAGGAUUCACUUCUGCAAGAGCAGAAAAUGAUUUUAUCGCAGCUUUAUGAGGAACGCCGGACUAUGGCUGAGGAGAGAAAUCAGCUGACCGCAGCUCAGCGAGCGCAGAGAGAGAGAGAACAGCAGCACUCCAUAAAAUAUGUCAAGGCUGAUGCUGAGUAUGAGGUGACCAUGAAGUCAGUGAGUGAGGAGCGCGCGCGUUCUGAGGCUCGUCAGAGGGAGCUGGCCAAGACAGAAGAGCACAUCCGUGCACAGCAGGCCUCCCUGGACACUGAGAAACUGAGACUACAGCAGGAGCAGAAUCGUCUGUCUGAGUUAGCACUACAGCUGAAGCAACGGUCAGCAGAGGUGGAGCGUAUGGCUUCUACUGCCCAGCAGGCCAAGCAGGACGGUACACAGGCACUGAGGGAGGCUCAGAAGCUACAGGCUGAUCAGAACCACAGGGUCUCUCAGCAGCAGGCCCAGCUAACCAGCUUACGCAACAAGGAGAAGGACAUUGCCGAGGAGCGUGUGAUGCUGUCCAAAGAGAAGAAGGAAGUGGAAGAUUUGCGGAGGUCUAUGUUAUGUGUCAACUGCAGGACCCCAGUUAGAGACAUGGGCCCAUCGCCCACCCAUCACAGUUUUAGCUCUCCAGCAGGUGUUCCAUAUUCCAGCCCUGCUCGGACCCCCUCAGGUGUGCCUGUGGUCUCUCCACUGCGGACUGACCUACUCACAGUACAGCCAGGCGUGCAGGUGUCCGCCAACGCUGUACAGGCUAUCUCUGCAUCCAUAGAAGCCGACAAGUCUUUCCGUUUGUGGAAAACUCAAGCAGAAAAAGAUAAAGAGUAUCUGAUGGAAGAAAGCAUGUUCUUGGAGACAAUCAAACAGUUCCCAUAUAGCAGCUCCCGUCUCACCUCCUGACACCUCUCUCUUAAACCUUCUGACACCUCACUCUUACAAACUCCCGACACCUCACUCAUGCAACCUCUAUACAGUCUCCUGGCACAUCAUACACACAGCAGCUUCCACCUCACCACCUGACACCUGACUCGUACAACCCCUAUUCAGUCGCCUGUCACCUCAUACAUACAGUAACACAAAGACAGUCUGCAUCUCAGUACAGUAGCUCAUGCCUCAACUUGGCACCUCACAUUAUCUAUACACAACAGCUCUUAGCUCACCUCUGGCACCUCUCUCACUGUCUCUGUUCAACCUUCUAAAACAUAAGUAUUCAUGUCCCUAUUCAGCCCCAUCAAGCCACUAAAACACAGUAACCUACUCAUGUCUAACAUCCGUCCAGCAUGGUUUACCUGCUUAGACCUUUCCGCUUCCCUUUACUAAUGUUGAUAACAAGUUCUGAUUAUCCGUCCACAUCAUUAUAUUAAAUAACUGUGAUUGUGUGGCAGUUGUGACAAUGUCUAUUGCAACUAGAAUUGGAGUAUGGUAGAUUGAGUACUUGGCAUUUAGUAAGAAGACAUAAUGACAACUGUUUAGGCCUGUUUAGUAUGUUGUUGUACGGAAAGACUGAGGUCGUUGUUGUAUCUCAGCAUGUGAUUUCCUUCAUUUAAGUAUGGUGAAUGUCGUUGAGUUUCUUCUUUAGAAAGAGUAUUUCAUGCUUAACUGAGCACUCAGAACAAGGCUUUGUGGAUGAUAAUUAUAAAUUUGUAUAGCAUCUCUGCCACUUAUUCUAUUAUCACUUAGGAAAACUGUGAAAGUAUAAUUUGUGUAGAUUUCACACCUGUACUGGUACCUGUGAUCUUGUGCUUAGACAUCUUAAUUACUGUGGUAUAUCUGCUUUUACUGCAAGCUACCUCACAUGACUAACAAUAGAUUUUGCAGUGUUGUGAGAACAGAAAUUCAAUUAUAGCUGUCAUGGACUUGAUAAAGUUUUGAACUUGCAUGUACUAAAAGUUAUAAUACUAAGUUUCAAAAGAUAUGAUACCCCAAAAUGUAGCUGGUCCUGAGGGUGAUCCAUGGUUUAAUGGGAAAUUAGAUUAUGACUGUACUGUCAACAAGCCGCUCUGUCCACUCACUUUGCACUGGGAUAGCUGUCUGAACUGUAGGUUGCUGAUCAUGCUUUCUUGUCAAACUCUCUGGCAGCUCAGACCAGGCAGUAGUUUCAGAUCAGUUAAAAGAAGUGGAAGCACAUGGCAUCUAGUGUAAGCUGGGAUAUUGUAAACAUUUUCAUGAAGGCUGUUUUGUUUGUCCUCCAAAGUGACAAUGCCUUAAAGAUUACUUAAAUGCAUUACUGUCGUUGAAAUAGAGUUAAGCUUUUCACUCCUGUUGGGAAAAGCUGGCUGUAGGGAUUUGUAAGCGCUAUAUGCAGAGCUCCAGGGUUGUGUGUACUGGCUAAACUGCCCUGCACAUCUAAUCUGUACACAGGUGCAGAUGCCAUAUAUGUAAUACAUUACAAUCUAGUGAAAAUUAGCCAAGUUCGAAAUAAUCUUAAUGUAUUCAAUGUGCAUAGUUCUGUGGACAGAUACUUUAUACCAUGUACAAAUAUUGCCCAUGUUUAUUUGUACACACUUUUUGGUUGGUGAUAUAUAAAAUUUAUCUUAGUCAUAUAUUUCCUGUUUUGUUGCAUAUUUAUUUGUUCAAUUGUUUAAUUGUAUUUAUUCUGUACUUGUCUGCUGGACAUAUUGCUGAGAUACUUGUGACUUAAUGCCAGAGUUUGUACCUGGUGAAGGGACAGUGGCUUACUCCAGUUUCCACC